ACCAUCUUAGACCGUCGAUGCGGGCAGCACUCGGAUAAAUAAGGGAGAUUGUACAGUUCCGAGAGUGACUCAAGAAAUCAUGGCGGACAAAGGGAAAUCAUCCGGCAGGGGGGACAAGCGGAGGAGGUACCGAUCGGACGGCACACCAAUAUGGGGCAAGCGAGCCAUAGACGGUCCUGGUAUCUGGGUUACCUGUGUCAAGGGAAAGGAGAAACAGACCGUCGGGGAGCUGUACGAUCUCUUCGAAGCUCUCGCUGAGGAAAUGUGGCCAGCGCAAGCCCAUGAUGGCAGCGACAAUGAUGAGAUGAACGACAAGGCAGACGAUCUGGAAGCGCAGAUCGCGAAGGAAAUGGCUGCUAUGAAGAAGCCUCGGAAGGAACAGAUAUUCGCGAAUUGUCAAACGAACACACCGUGCGUGAUCUUCAUCUCGUGUAAGCCGCCGGUUGAUCCUAUCGCUCUUGUCAUCAAGUACGUUCAAGAUGUAGUGGAAACUGGGAUAACGAGAACGAAGUAUACGCAGCGGCUCACCCCAGUGUCGGGAUCUUGCGUAGCCAACCUACCUGAGAUCUGUGGGCUUUUCAAGAAAGUCAUUCUCCCCUUCUUCCUGGACGCAGGGGAUAAAAAAUAUCGUUACAAAAUUGAGCUGCGAAUACGCAACCACCAUACAGUGUCCCGCGACCCCCUGCUAGCGGAAUUAGCCGCCCUCGUACCAGAGGGACACAAGGUGGAUCUGAAGUCACCGGAAGUGUUCAUCCUCGUAGAGCUUUUCAAGAGCGUGUGCGGGAUGAGCGUAGUCAAAGACUACUAUCGCCUACAAAAGUUCAAUGUGAUGGAAAUAGCAAACACGAAGCAGGAAGGAGCCGAUUUUACGGAGGGUGAGGGCCGUGUGUCGUGAUUUGGCAGGUACAGGACAGCUUGUUACAUAUGAUGGUAGUAAACCUCGUCCACGAUUCCUUGAAUCUGACGUCUCUCAGGAUGCCCUAAGUCAUGACUGGUGCGGAGACCUGCGCAAAUCCUGGCUGUCCCUUUGUAGUCGUAAACUGAUCGAAUACAG